CGGCGGCCGCCCGGGCACCACAGAGGGGCGUGGAAGGGCGCACCCGCCGCCCCGACGUGUCGCUGCCGGGUCCCCGCGCCCGCCCUUCGGAGCCCGCAGGUCCUGCUGAGGAGCGGGCUGAGGACCUGAUGACCCUCAAUGAUGUGGCUGGGGACUUCAGGGAAGAGUGGGUUACCUGGACCCUGCUUACAGAAUCCUCUUCAGGGACACCACCCAGCACACGUAGAAGAAUGGGCUCUCAACGGCAUUUCUAGACCAAGUGUGAUCUCCCAGCUGGAGCAGAAAGAGGAGCCAUGGGUCCUGCCACUCCCGAAUUUUGAGGUGAGGAAGAUCCUACGGGAAAGUCACACAGACUUUGAGAAUCAGGUGGUAAAACUCAAUCGGGACAUUUCUGAAACAGCAGAACAAUGUGGAACAUCCUCAGCAAGGGCCAAUAAAGAUAUUUCUCAGACUCCUAGCUGGGGAGGAAACUGGGAGAGGGGCCUUGAAUUAGAAGGGCAACAUGGAACUCUUCCAAGAGAGGGCCAUCAGGGUCCCUUUUCGCAGGAGAAGGAUUUAAACAAGCUCCUGGCUGGAUAUGUAGGAAAGAAGCCUGUGUGUGAAGAAUGUGGGAAAAGCUUUAACCAGAGUUCCUAUCUCGUGAGACACCUCAGAACCCAUACUGGUGAGAGGCCUUAUAAAUGCAUUGAAUGUGGGAAAGGCUUCAAACAGAGUUCCGACCUGGUCACCCAUCGCAGAACACACACAGGAGAGAAGCCCUACCAAUGCAGUGGGUGUGAGAGGAAAUUCAGCGACAGCUCGACGCUCGUCAAACAUCAGAGAACCCACACGGGCGAGAGACCCUACGAGUGCCCAGAGUGUGGGAAGACUUUUGGGCGGAAGCCCCACCUCAUAAUGCAUCAAAGGACCCACACGGGAGAGAAGCCCUACACGUGCCUCGAAUGUCAUAAAAGCUUUAGUCGAAGCUCCAAUUUCAUCACCCACCAGAGGACCCACACGGGAGUGAAGCCGUACAGAUGUCAUAACUGUGGGGAGAAUUUUAGCCAGAGCUCAGAUUUGACUAAGCACCAACGAACCCACACAGGAGAACGGCCCUUUCAGUGCCCAGAGUGCGGGAAGGGCUUUAGAGACAGCUCUCAUUUCGUAGCUCACAUGAGCACCCACUCGGGAGAGAGGCCCUUCAGCUGUCCUCAUUGCCACAAGAGUUUCAGUCAGAGCUCACAUCUGGCCACGCACCAGAGAACUCACACAGGCGAGAGGCCUUUUAAGUGCGAUGACUGUGGGAAAGGGUUCACCGACAGCUCUGCCCUCGUUAAGCACCAACGGAUCCACACGGGGGAAAGACCCUAUAAAUGUGGCGAGUGUGGGAAGAGCUUCAAUCAGAGCUCCCACUUCAUUACCCACCAACGGAUCCACUUGGGAGACAGACCCUAUCCGUGUCCUGAGUGUGGCAAAACCUUCAAUCAGCGCUCCCAUUUUCUCACCCACCAGAGAACACACACAGGAGAAAAACCUUUUCACUGUAGUAAGUGUGACAAGAGCUUCCGUCAGAAAGCACAUCUUUUAUGUCACCAAAACACCCAUUUGAUUUAGAAUAUAGUCUUUAGUGGUUCUGAUGCUCCCUUCCAAAUUUCCAUUGCCGCUGUCUUCGAGUACCCCAAAUAGAGUGAACCUGGGCGUCAACGGCUCAA